AACGCGAAGUGUGGCUGAAGCCUGGAAGGAGCCACACGUUUGGAGGAGAAUUUGAUGCUGGUGGGACAAUCUUUGCUGACUUUUCUGAGCCCGGAAGAUGUCUUCACUCCUCAAGGUGGACAAUGAAAUUAAAACCAAGGUGGAUGCUUUCAGGGAACGUAUCACAGCAGAAGCAGAGGAUCUAGUCGCCAAUUUUUUCCCCAAGAAGUUACUGGAACUGGAUCAGUUUCUCAAGGAUCCAAGCAUAAACAUCUCUGAGCUGAAGGACAUUCACUCAGAGAUUAACCUGACAGUACCGGACCCCAUCUUGCUCUCAAACCUCCAUGACGGACUUGAAGGGCCCAACGCCAAAAAGAGAAAGCUGGAGGAUGAAAGUGGGAAUGACAUGAAGACGGGCACGAAGGUGUUCGUCAUGCCUGGAGGGAUGAUGAAGUGCAACGCAAACCUGGUUGACCUGAUAGAAAAGGUCAAGCCGGAGAUCCGGACACUCAUAGAGAAAUGUAACACAGUUAAAAUGUGGGUUCAGCUCCUCAUCCCCAGAAUAGAGGACGGCAACAACUUCGGCGUGUCGAUCCAGGAGGAGACGGUAGCAGAACUCCGCACGGUCGAAGGGGAGGCAGCGUCGUACCUCGACCAGAUAUCAAGAUACUACAUCACAAGGGCAAAGCUGGUUUCAAAAAUAGCCAAAUAUCCACAUGUGGAGGACUACCGGCGCACAGUUACAGAGAUAGAUGAGAAGGAGUACAUCAGUCUGAAGAUCAUCGUUUCAGAGCUCAGAAAUCAAUAUGUAACGUUACACGACAUGAUUCUGAAGAACAUUGAGAAGAUCAAGAGGCCUCGAAGCAGUAACACAGAUGCGUUGUACUGAUGUUCGUCCAGCCGCCUCCGCCUGACCCCCGCCUGCAGGUCAACAGCAAGACUUUCACCCACAUCCAUACAAUCAACUGAUCGGAAACAUAGCUUCAUAGAUGGCCCCCCGCUCGUGUUUUUUUCUUUUGUUUGUUUUUAUUGUAAGUUUUUUGUUUUAAAUCUCUCGAGAAACUUACAUUUUCUCUCAGAAAAUGGAAAACUGAAUCCUAGACAACAUAAAGCUCUAUGUAUUUUUUAAUUUUAAUUAAAUGUUUUGUCUUCUGACCUUUUUUCUCCUGAUGUGUGCUCUGGCUUGUCUUUCACUUUGUCCUGCAUUCACAGUCUUCUGCAUCUGUGGAGUAAAACAUUAGAGGAUGUGCAGAACAAAAGUGGUUCUGCUCUGAAUGUUUGACAUUAAAUCGUAUUGUUGGGAGAUUAAAAGUGAAACAAGUUUUA